UGCUUGUCUCUUGUUCAAAAGCUGAAGAUAUGGUUGUUGCAGCUUCCCAGCACCCACCUGGUUUUGAACCUCAUGCUCAAGGCAUUCCUUCUGGGAUGGCUUCAGCUCAGGGGACUCGACAUGCUGGCCCAAAUCCUUACAGAGGCCCCAAUCCAAGUCACCUGGACCGUCAACAGCAAGGCAACUGGCCUUUUUUCUAUGUUCAACCCUCACAGCCUUAUGUAACAUGCCAGUGGCCCAUGCCGAUGCCUUAUGUUCCCUAUGGAGGCUUCCCUGGGUUGGGGUAUGGCAUGGUGUUGCCACCUUUCCCUCCUGCUUCUUAUGUUGAAGCUCCUGGCUACAUUCUUCCCCACACCCAGCUGCACAUGGUCGACUACAGACGCAUGAUGGCCCCUCAUUUGGCGCCUGCGAUGGCAUACCAGGCACGCAGGUUCCGCUACCAGCACACAACGCCAUCUGGUCGAGUCAUGGUUAGUUCAGAAGUUCAAACUGAACCUGUUUCUGUCAACUCUUCACGACAGGGCUGCAAUGUUGUAACAAGUACCGAAAGCAUCUCUGAAUCUGGAAGAAGUACUGACACUAGUGUUCUCUCAUCUAUACCAAAUGAAGACCAAGCUGCUUGUCCUGAAAAGGGCUGUGCAGUGAUGUCAAGUAAAAUGGGUGGCGAUACAGCCAAAAUUUCUACUGUUCAUAAUGGCGGUAUCCUCUUCCAAGCAGAGGAGGUUCGGAUUGAAUGUAGUGGUUCCCCUUCUGCAGUGAAGAUCACACAUUCCAAGGAGACCACUGAGCUAGCCAGCAAUGUUGAUGGUGAGCUCUUGCAGUGUAAUGUGGGAUCUGCAGAAGAUGUUGUCCUGAGGUGUUUCCAGCCUGUGCCUUUUGGGGAUGAGGAAAGGAAAGGUACAAAAAACCUCAGCCAUUUGGAGGACCCUUGCCCUGAUAUUCUAAUGGUUUCUUGUCCCUCAAAUGGUUCUGUGAGCACACUAGAAGGCUCAAUUGUUGCGCCUGUAGAACCGGUCAACAGUACACUGGUUCAAGGGGAUCCCAGCUUGGUAAAAAAUGCCCAGGAUAUGUGUGGAAACCCCAAGAACAUUCACUUCAAAAUCUUGCGAUUACCCCUUGAGCUGCAGUGUCUGGAAGAGUUGCAGCAGAUGGAGGCCUCUGUUUGGUCUGUAGAGUCUUUGAUGCCUUAUGUGCCUACAUCAGAGUGGAUGAUGCAAAAUAGCCUGAUGACUCCUGGGAAACCAUCCCUUCCCACAGUAAUGGAGGUUCCUGCUGAGAGUGCUAUACACUCAACUCAGUCACCAGCAGAUGCAACACCAUCUUUGCUGGAAGCUGGAACAGUGAUUGAAUUUGAUGGACAUGACUCGAUGACCUCACUCGAAUCCCUUCCACCAUUCCUUCCUUCGGCCAGUAGACUAGCAGAGUUUGGUAAUGCGUAUUUCAAUAAAUUAUCCACUAAUGUUCAGAAGGUCAGCAACCCUGAUAACAUGGCAAAGGGACAAUCUGAAGCCCAUCAGAACACCAGAGUCCAGACGGGACACCAAAGUCCUAAUGCUGCUCCUAAGAAACUGAAAGAGGAGACCAUCAACCAGAGUGUUGCGAUAUCCGAGGUUGGUCUUAAUGAUCGGGAGGAUUGUGCAGUGACUAUGUUUCCAGAGUCACCUCUCAAAAACAAAAUGCGUAUGUGUAAAAGCUGUUCGGUGAAACGCAGUGCAGACAUCUGCUCUGGUAGUCCAAGCAGCAAGGCUGCCUGCCUCAAGCGGCACAAAGUUUCUCGUGCUCUUUUAGCGGGAGAUAAGGUCAAGGUUCCGUUGUGUGCCACAUGUGUGUGCGCUCCUGAGAGAAAACCUAGGUGCAAGGUGGCUGCUGUUAAUACAGAGUCAAACAUCACAAACAAUGAAAUCUCUGAAAAUGAUGUAUAUCCUUCAAAAAUGUGCUCAAAAAAUUUGUACAAGGUUCAAAAUCCCCAUUUGGGUAAACAUUUGGAGAAAUGCCCCAUGUCUCACCAGUCCAAGCUGAGGGAGCAGAAUUGCUUGUGUGAGGAUAUGAAAGCUUUACAUUCCACUUCAGCAUGGAACAAGAAUGGACAUGGCCAGCAUAACGACCUCACUUGGGAAAGAAAUGAGGAAAACCUGGCUCUUUCAGCAAUGAACAGAUGGACGGAUGGCGAGCAGAGAUUCACUGGUGAGAAGUCAUGGAGAGGAAGUACGCAUGGGUCAGAUAGUGAGAGUACCAAAAGUGGAGGAAAGAUGAGGACCCACAAUAAACCAAAACGCACACAAUCACUAGAAGUUCACAGAAGAGACACAAGAUACUGAAGACACUAUUUGCACAAUGACCGAAUGGACAAGGGCACGUUUUUAAGAUCACGUUUUAAACAUCACAAGUAAUUUUUCCCACUUCCUUUAAGAAAAAGCACUGCACAGUUUUAUACAGUGAAUACAGCACUUUU